AUGGCUGUGGAGAAGUUAUACGAGAGUGAUGAUUUCCUCAUAGUGAAUAAACCAUACGACAUGUAUAUUAAUUCUGACGAUGAAAACGAGAAGAACACCUUGGUAUGUCAAAUAGCUAGCCACGAUUCACAUUUAUCUACAUCAGCUAACCCACUUCGUUUCGUCCAACGUCUGGAUUUCGCUACUAGUGGUGUUAUAUGCAUCGCCAAGAGCAAAACAGCGGCAGCCCAAGCAGGAAAACUAUUUGAGAAGAGAUUGACUAAAAAAUAUUAUGUUGCGAUAGUAAGGAAGCAUUUGAAGUUUGAGUUAGCGGACAUAAGGUAUCCUAUAGGCGUGGAUCUAUCCCCAGAGAACAGUCACAAGAUGGCGACACAGACCGCUGAUACAACUUGCGGCUCUCCGAGAGAAGCUCUCACUCGUAUCCUCUUAUUGGAGACAGGGUUUUACGGUUCGGAUCCCGCUAGUGUUGUGUUGCUGAAACCGAUUACCGGUCGCCGGCAUCAGCUCCGGGUACACUGUCUCUCCAUCGGUCACACCCUGCUUGGAGACUACACGUACAGCGCUCCCGUGGACACUGUACCACACAGAAUGUUUCUACACGCGACCAGGCUGGUAUUACCGCUCCAAAAACAACCGCUCGAUAUCCAGACUCUCGUUCCGUUCUUCAGCGAUCCACAGUUCACCUGCAAGUGGAAGACCUGUAAAGUAUAUUAUAAAUACAGAACUAAAGAGGAUUUUGCAGCCGCCUGCGACGUUAUCGACAAAAGUUAUACAGUUGGUAUAAAAUAUGAGGAGUACAGCACUAACAAAAGAUUGUAA